AUGGCAGAAGUACAAUUGUCGACGCCAAGACAGUUCUCGUCACAGACUACGAGCGAACUUUUCUCCGUAGUCCCGGAUGCAGUUGCUGAUCCGUCCCGAGGUUUUUUAUCUUCACCGGCGCCUCUGAACGCUAGUGAGCUGCCCAUCGAAGUGCUGCGCUAUUUAUGUGAAAGCAACGAUGCCGUCCUCAACUUAUCCACAGUCGAAUAUUUCGCUAACUUUACCAUGGACGCCAGCACCUGGUCUACCACAGACUGGAGCACGGUAAUCAGGAUUACUUGCAUAGUGCUUCUCUUCAUUUCGUCGAUCAUCGGCAACACCAUCGUGGUAAUCGUGGUCUUCUGGAGUCCCAAUUUGAAGACGUCACUGAAUUUCUAUUUAGUGAACCUAGCCAUCGCUGAUCUGUUCAUCACUUGCGUGUGCAUCUGGAACCAUCUUGUGAAGAACAUCUUCUACAACUAUCCUCUCGGCCCCUUCAUGUGCAGAAUUGGAUCCUUCGUCCAAGCAUCAUGCCUGCUCGGGUCAGUGCUGACGCUCAGCACGCUGUCCCUGGAGCGCGUAUACGCCGUGCUGCGCCCGCUACGCGCGCACCGGCACGCGUUGCCGAGCUGGCGUCUCGCGGGCGUCUGGCUCGUGAGCGUCGCAGCGGCGGCACCUCUCUGUGCUCUUAAUGAGUACAGGGAGUACGUAGUGAGUACAGGGAGUACGUAG